UUAUGAUCCAAAUAAAUGAUUGCUUGGAUAAUGAAAUUAUUCUAUAGAAUAUGCAGUUCCUAAAUUUGAGUAACCUUUUUAAAAAUCCCCAUCAAUUAAUAUAUCAGAAUUAAAACAAGGACCUUUAACUUACGUUGAAAAUUAUGCUUCAUAACGAUCAGAAGGUUUGCAUGCCUAUUUACAUGUGCAAUGACGAGUUGAAUAUUUACAUCUAUUCAAAUAUUAAUGAAUAGUUUUGUGUGUAUAAGAAAACAAAAAUGAUUAUAAGGAAUCAUCAUAUUGUUUUUCCAAUUAAGGAUCCCAUAUUAAAGGAGUGUAAGCACCAAAAAUAUUACUACUUUGUGAUUUAAAUAUCAUUAAUAAGUUUUUUUUAUUUUAAACACAGUUCCAAAAGGUAAGGGAAUUCAGAUUAUCUUUCUAUUCAUUAAAUAUGA